AUGACGGAAUUACUCUUGGAUCCCAAUAUACGACUUUGGGUUUUCCUGCCCAUUGUGAUCAUCACUUUCUUAGUUGGGAUUGUAAGGCAUUAUGUAUCUAUAAUUUUAUCGUCUCAAAAGAAAAUAGAACUUUUGCAAGUUCAAGACAGCCAAGUAAUGAUAAGAGCUCGUUUGCUUCGUGAGAACGGAAAGUAUCUGCCACGGCAGUCGUUCGCUAUGCGCAGGCAUUGGUUCAAUAAUGAAGACACUGGUUACUUCAAAGUUCAAAAGAGAGCAGCAACUUCACAGAAUCCAAUGACUGAUCCUGGUAUGAUGACUGACAUGUUGAAAGGAAAUGUCACAAAUGUGCUGCCAAUGAUUGUUAUAGGAGGCUGGAUCAAUUGGAUGUUUAGUGGAUUCCUUACAACAAAGGUGCCAUUUCCUUUAACUCUGAGGUUCAAACCAAUGCUGCAGCGUGGUGUGGAGUUGGCAUACCUUGAUGCAUCUUGGGUAUCAUCUGCAUCUUGGUACUUCCUCAACGUCUUUGGACUUCGAACUAUAUAUGCAUUAGUUUUGGGAGAGAAUAAUGCUGCUGAUCAGUCGAAGAUGAUGCAGGAACAGAUGUCUGGUGCAGCAAUGGCUAUGCCACCGGACCCGAAAGCCGCCUUCAAAGCUGAAUGGGAGGCACUAGAGAUUACUGAGCAUCGGUGGUCUCUAGCUACUGUUGAGGCGGAUCUGCUAGCAAGUGUGGAUCAUAGUGGGAACCUA